CUCCUCCCCGAAGAAAAAACAAAAAAGCUAGGGUUUUGAUCCCAGCCGCACGCCGCCUCCCCUCCUCCCUCCCUCCCUCCGCGGAACCGCCUCGCCUCCUCCCUCGCGGCAUCCGGCGGAGGCUCGAGGAGACCAAGGCCGGGAGCGCCUGAAGCAUCCUAUCCACCCGAGCGCCGACCUCCCCCCCCCCCCCCCCCGGAGCGCCCCAAGAGUUUCCAUUGUAUUGUUGGAGUUUGCCAAUUAGUUUUUGACUGCGACAACUUCAGAUAUGUCAUAUUAUUCCAGAAGGGGUGGGGAUAGGGGUAGCGGCCGUAUUCAAGGAAGUGGUGGGCGAGGUGGACACGCCCCGCGUGGAAGAUCAGGACUGCUUUCUCGAGGAGGACCUCUUGGGGUUAACUCCCGACAAUCUGCACGAACCAUUGCUAAGUCAUUUAGCAGAACUAAAGACAUGACCUGGAGACCUGAUCUAUUUAGUGACAGUAUGGCGGCUAGUGGAAUAGAAACUGGUACAAAAUUGUACAUUUCAAACUUGGACUAUAGGGUUUCCAAUGAGGAUAUAAAGGAGCUGUUUUCUGAAGUUGGUCAUUUGAAACGCUUUGCUGUUCACUAUGAUGGUUAUGGCCGCCCAAAUGGCACUGCUGAGGUGGUGUUUACAAGGAGGAGUGAUGCAAUUGCUGCACUGAAACGUUAUAAUAAUGUUCUACUUGAUGGAAAAGCCAUGAAGAUAGAAGUCAUUGGAAGUGACUUGGUCUUGCCUAUGACACCUCGGAUAAAUGUUGUUGGGGCUUCUAAUGGCAGAGCUACAAGAACAGUUGUUAUGACGUCCGAGUUUGGUCAACGUGGCAGAGGUUCGGGCAGUAGACCUUUAAGUAUUCCUGGCAAUAGAUGGAACCGUGGUGCUUUCCAAGCUGGGGGAGGCCGAGGCAGGGGUCGCGCCCAGUUCCAGGCCCGUGGCAGGGGCCGUGGUCAAUUCCAAGGCCGUGGCCGUGGUAGGGGGAGGAAGCCUGAGAAAACUGCAGAUGAGCUGGACAAAGACCUGGAAACCUAUCACGCAGAGGCAAUGAAAACCGAUUGAUAGCAUGAAGCCUAUUGAUGAUGGUGGCUGUGAUGCACUGUUUUAUGAUAAAUUGUACCCGUUUGAGCUGUAGUAUUUUCUGGGAGCAGAGAACAGCUUUCUGCUUUGGUUUCAGAAAACAAUUAUCCUUGCCUGUAGUAGUUUUGAAAGACAGCAGCAGUGUGUAGUGAUUUUCUGAAAUUGGCAACCUGAGCUGUUUAUUUUGUGUA